AUGGCUAGUGGACCGGAGAAAUGUUUGUCUUUGAUUGGAUUCAGUCUUAUCUGUCUUAAAAUGGUUGCUUCAGCAAAAACAGCUCCUGAAAUACCCACUAUUGAUCAGGCAUAUUCAAAAAUCAGCAACAGUAUCACUGUAGAAUGGGCUACAGUGCCAGGGGCCACCAGUUACCUCCUCACAGCUGAAGACGAGGACACAGUCAUUGAAACCAUGGUGGCCAAUUCCCCAGGCACUGUGACAGGCCUGAAGGCUGCAACCUUGUACAAAAUCACCAUCAAAUCCAUCAGUGAUAUGGGGAGAAGCCAGGAAUCACCUCCAAAGCAGGCAAAGACAGUGUUGGCUGCACCAAUUCUAGAAGUAAGCUGUCCAAGUCCAGAUUCUAUUCUUGUGCAGUGGGAAGCCGUAUAUAUGGCAAUUGGGUUCUCUGUGUCCAUCAUGCAAGCCAAUGGCUUGGGAACAAUAUGGAAAGAGAAUACUACAAACACCUCCUUGACAUUCACCAGUUUAGAUGCCGGGACUCUCUACACCAUAAAGGCCUAUGCAUGGAAUGCCAAUGGAAUCCCUGGAGAUGACUCCACCUGUAAUCAAAGAACAAGUCCUCAUGCCCCUGCCAACAUUCAAGUCUCUUUUGAUAGUGGGGCUCUGAAGGCAUCUGUUUCGUGGGCACCAACAGAAGGAGCUUUCAACUAUACUGUGAUGGCUUUGAGUGACUCUUCAGAGCUGAGCUGUAGUACAACUUUCAGUUCCUGCACCAUCUCCUCCCUCCAAUGUGGAACUGAGUACCUGAUUUCAGUUUUAGCAAGUAAUGAUGCUGGAUCUAGCAAAUCAUCUUCAGGAGCAACCCUGAAAACUGUUGCUUGUGCACCUGGAAGAGUGACGAUCCAAGAAGACCCUCCUGGCCACCUGUCUGUGGCUUGGUCCAGUGUAGAUCUGGGUGAUUACUACGUGGCCUUUGUGAAGAGUGAUGAUGGCUUGGAAGUGCACUGCAACACAUCCCUUACCCAGUGCAAUUUCUUAUCUGAGUGUGGAUUCACUUACUUUAUCAGUGUUUUUGCCUAUAACAAGGCAGGGCAGAGUCCUUUGGGUGACGUAUUCAAUUAUACCACAGCUCCCUGUUGUCCUACUGACAUUAACCCUGUGCUGGUGUCCAGUGACAGAGUAGAGAUUGUCUGGUCUCCUGUCCGUGGUGCCGAACUCUAUGAAACCAAGGCUGUAGAUGGAUACAAUGUGGUUGAGUGCAAUGACACUGCUCCUGCUUGCACCCUUUCGGCUCUAGAGUGUGACACCAAGUACAACAUCACAGUAUACUCGUUCAGUGAAGUCCGGGGCAGCAAUACGUCAUGUACUUCCCAGUUUAUAACCACAGCUCCUUGCAGUCCUGAAAUAAAAAAUGUUUCGAAGGAUGCACUUUCCAUAAUUAAUGUACACUGGCAAGCCACUAAUGAUGACGCUACUUAUACAGUGACCGCCAAGGGGGAGAAGGGACUGUAUCGAUGCAGCAGCACGGGAGAGUCCUGCACCAUGGAGGGCUUGCCUUGUGGCUCAGUGUUCUCUGUCACUGCUGUGGCCGAAACACAGGCAGGACAGAGUCUGCCCAGCCACAGUGUGCCCCUGGAAACAGGGCCAUGCUGUCCAGCUAGUCUGACAGUAACUCAGGUCACCCAAUCAGUAAUCAACGUGAGUUGGAUUAGUGGGUUGGUGGCCCAAACCUAUGUGACAGUUCUGGAGUCACACACCGGGCAGUCUAAGUGUCACACCCAUCAAAACCACUGCCUCCUGGGAUGCAUCACAUGUGGCGCCAAUUACACACUGGUAUUAAAAGCAAUUAGUGCCACUGGGUUAACUGCGGACUGCGCCUACCAGAGUUAUUCCUCUAGUGCCUGCUGCCCUUUGGGGGUGAAAUUAUAUAGGCUGGGCCCUAAUGGCAUCCGGGUCUACUGGCAAGCCUCCAGGGGCUCUGCCAAUUACAGCACUGACCUCUAUGGCUCCAAAGGCAUUUUUACAUGUGCCCCAACUACUGGCCUCAGUUUCUGUGAUGUCACCGAGAUACCCUGUGGGGAUGUGUAUACUGUAAUGGUCUCACCUGUUGCUGAAACAGGACUGAAGCUCACUUUCUGUCCCAAAAAAAUAUACUCAGUAACCUGCUCUGGAAGUACACUUGGAAUGGUGAUUUACAGAGGGAAGAGAAAUGCAGAAUGA